UCUUUUUCUAAUCUUGUUGAUAAUUGAAUCUCUUCUGUGUUGCUUGAAGGAAUUAUUUGAAACUUGUUGAUUGAAUGUGUUUUGAUGAAAUUAAACAAUCAACCACACUAAAUAUUCGAAUCUGUUGUGUGAGGUUGGAAAUAUUCUAGGAUUUUAGUUUAAGCCGGUUUGGGGAUUAGGGUUUAAAACCUUUGAAUUGGGCCUUUUUUAUGGAAUUGAGUUUGUUUUCAUGAAAUUAAACCCCAAAAUAUGUCGAGUGGAGAUCUUGGAUGUGGGAUGUUAUGUUUUUAUUCGAUAUUUUGAUUUUAAUUUAAAAAAUACACCAGCUAAAUAACUCAAUUAUCGUCAUUUUUUCAGGAACAUUACAUGCCUACAUUUGGCCUCCCGUUCUUCAUCGAUCCUGAAGACAAAAAAGAAGUUGCUAAUCCUGAAGUCGAGAGCGAUAGCUCAGAAGAAAUAGGUCUUUUUGGCUGCGGGACAAGUGAGGAAGACAGUGAUAUUGACUAUCCAAAAUAUACUUUGCGCGACAAGUUUGAUAUUCGUAAUAAUGGAGCUUUUGCUAGUGAUGUGAGUGAUAUGAGUGACUUUGAUGACUUCGAUUGCAUUGGGAAACAUUACAGCAAAGAAUUUGAUGAGAAUGGCAGAAAAUUCGGUCAUAACCUAGAAGUUGAUUAUAGAAGGCAUUAUGUGUGUUAGUGGGUUUUGAUAUCCGUGUUGCUUGACAUUUUGAAACAUUCUUUGCAAACUAACGUGGCAUUUAACAUGGGAC